AAUGACUGAGUACAAGUUGGUGGUGGUUGGCGCAGGAGGUGUUGGGAAAAGUGCACUUACUAUCCAGCUCAUUCAGAACCACUUUGUGGACGAAUACGACCCGACCAUCGAGUACAGGAUGAGACAAAAAGGCGGGGCAGGACGAGACGGAAAAAGCGGGGCAGGACGAGACGAGAAAGGUGGUGCAGGACGAGACGGAAAAAGCGGGGCAGGACGAGACGAGAAAGGUGGUGCAGGACGAGAUGGAAAAGGCGGUGCAGGACGAGAUGGAAAAGGCGGUGCAGGAUGAGAUGGAAAAGGCGGGGCAGGACGAGACGAGAAAGGCGGUGCAGGACGAGACAGGAAAGGCGGUGCAGGACGAGACAGGAAAGGCGGUGCAGGACGAGACAGGAAAGGCGGUGCAGGACGAGACAGGAAAGGCGGUGCAGGACGAGACAGGAAAGGCGGUGCAGGACGAGACAGGAAAGGCGGUGCAGGACGAGACAGGAAAGGCGGUGCAUGGAAAGGCGGUGCAUGGAAAGGCGGUGCAGGACAAGGCGUUGCAGGACAAGGCGGACUCGUACAGGAAGCAGGUGGUGAUCGAUGGCGAGACGUGUCUCCUGGACAUCCUCGAUACCGCAGGUCAGGAGGAGUACAGCGCCAUGAGGGAUCAGUACAUGAGGACCGGCGAGGGCUUCCUCUGCGUGUUUGCCAUCAAUAAUAUAAAGUCUUUCGCGGAUGUGCAUCUCUACAGGGAGCAGAUAAACCGGGUGAAGGACAGCGACAAUGUUCCGAUGGUGUUGGUUGGGAAUAAAUGUGAUCUUGGCUCCCGCUCAGUGGAGACCCGUCAAGCGCAAGAGUUGGCUCGGGGCUACGGCAUCCCGUUCGUCGAGACGUCUGCCAAAACACGACAGGGUGUGGAGGAGGCUUUCUACUCACUGGUCCGGGAGAUCAGGAGAUACAAGGAGACGAACCGCAGCAACAAGAAGAGCAAGAAACACCCACAGAGACGUUGCACACUUUUAUAGCAAUACUCCUGCCAACUCUUGCACUACAUUCCUGGAAUAGCACUGCACACACACACACACACACACACACCUGCACACUCUGCUGUAGCAUUUUAACCCUUCUCCCUUCUCUUGGAACCAAUCUAGGGCAAGGUCCCAAACAGGAAGGACAGAAACAGUGCCAUGGCUGCUAUAUGCUGUUCCUUUUUUUUUUUAAUGCAGAGCUUCCUACUUGGGGCUUUACAUGUUAGAAUCCUUCAUCAGUUAUUCCAAAGUGCUUUGUGUCAUUCGACUCGUUUGGAUAACUUUAUCCUGCCUCAUGCUCCGAUUACGGCCACUUUUUCUUUUUUUUUUUUAUUGGACUUUUUGUAGCAUUUAUUUACUCCAAAAUCGUAACUUGCAUAACAGCAUAACCCUCAGUACAAGUGUUUUAAUGUUCUCAAACCAAUCUAGUGCACCCUGUAACCACUAUGAAUUUGGGUUUGAAAGGUUGCUAUUCAGUGACCAAUCUCUCUCCUGCUUUAUAACCCUGUACCAGCACCACGAUGGGGGUUCAAGUUCAAGCUGCUGAAAUCUGCCGUCUCUGCCUCGUUCCUGGCUCCUCUACACUUCGAGCAAGGCUAGAGAGAUGAUUGUAUUUGUAUUGUAUUCCUCAUUAUAAAGGAGGAAAUGAUGCAGGAUACAUUUAUUUUUAAUCAGGCCCACAUUGGGGUCUGAACACCUCUGAUACAUUCCUGUUGUCAAAGCGAUGAGACAGUCUUAGGAGUUUAAUGGAGUUUUUAUUAAUUAAAAAAAAGAUUUUGGCUAAAA